AUGUCACAGCCAGAAAUCAAGCGCAAGCGCGCCCGAAUCGCGUGUGAACCAUGCAGGGAACGAAAAAGAAAAUGCGACGGUACAGAACCCUGCAGUACUUGCACUGCAUGGGCUUACGAUUGCUACUACGACCGUCAGCCACGACGGAAGCGUACACAUCUGGAGACUCCCGCAGAAGUUGCCCCAGACCCAGGCUCCCCACAAAAUAAAGCCCCAGUUUCGGAUACGCACGGGCUGGUCCGUCGACUAGAGGCGAAUUCUGGCGCUGCCUUCGUGCGGAAGAUGGGUCUGAAGAUUGACCCUGCUAGGGCGCCGAAACUUAGCCUUUUUGGCUGGAAUAUUGGCAAGCGCAGUUUAACGUCGGAACUUGCAACUGUUGAUUCCGCACUGUCCAUUACCGAGAUAACAUCUUUGGAACAUAUGAAAAGCCUGGCCCAGGUCUAUUUCGACAAAGUAGAUCCUUGUUAUGGUUUUGUCGAUCGCCGUCGGUUCUUCCAACGAUUAUUGGCUCGAUGGACAUCACAUUCGGCCAGUGAGCUUUACGACAGCGUCCUUGGUGGCGUUGCCGCGCUUGGAUGCUUGUUUUCUCAACGACAUAUGACAUUGACUGAGAUACAUCUUAUCGGGUCGGCACGCUAUACUUUAGAACUGCAUGUGUUGUCAGGCGCUCCUCCAGUUGACCUUCUUACUGGAUGGACACUACGGGUCAUCUACAUGCGAAUGACAGACUCGCCUCAUUCAACAUGGAUGGCGAGCUCAAGACUGAUGCACCUAGUCGAAGCCGCGGGAUUCCACCUGGAGUCUACGGAAUCGGUUUUCCCACGCAGCAGCACCACGGAUUGCGAUCCAGAUCUCCGAAGGAGGCUCUUCGGAGUUGCACAGCAUCUGAACAUGUGGACAUCUUAUGACCUUGGCCUGUCCAGAGUAUCAUUUCAAAAGAACGAUCUUGCACUACCCCCAUCAACCAGGCCUGGUGAUUACACACACGAGGUCCUUGGCCUAUUGCCUGUAUCGGCAAGCCUUGACCCUGGAAAAUCAAAAGAAGAUGAAGUGGACCUGGAAGCAAUACUGUCGGACAUCAUAGAUGGAAAGCAUAUCGAGCCUCCCUCGAUCAUGGCGCAAUGCAACCUUGCGCUUUGCAUUCUUCGAAGAAUUCACACCCAAAAUUUUGAUAUACCCUCUCACCUCGCAGAGAAAGUCCUCGCGCUAUUGAAAAAGGGGUUGAAUUGCUCACGCACCAUGGUAAUGAAUUGCACUCCCUGGCACCAAAUGGCAAAUGUGCCUUUCCAAAUUACGUGUGUUCUUCUCGUCAUGGACACACGGCCAUCCGUCUCGAUGCUUCCGGAGGCUAUGCAGACGUUGAAACUCGUCGCAUCUACAUAUGACACAGACACCAUGAGGGAAGCCUGGAAUGCGGCUCGCCUCCUAGUCAUGCUCCAUCAACAGCGCAGGAAAGACGACAUAGAGAUAUUCAACGAGUCUUUGGAUUUGGAUCAGCAAGAAUGUGUAUUGGGACCGUCUCCGCAAGAGAAUCCUAGUGCAGAAGAAUACUCCUGGCUUGGAGCGCUUGUUGCUGAUCUCCCUGGCUUACAAAAGGUGGACUUAGAUCAGUUCUUGAAUGCCGAUAUGAUCGAUAGUUCAAACUUCCUGGGUGGAUCUGGAUGA